AUGAAGGAGGCAAAAAUGGAGAAGCAAGAGGAGCUUUGUUCAAGUGAAGUUCAAAUGGCUUCUCAACACAUUCCUCAACCACAAACGGAAAAGGGUGGUUUUGUUACCCUGCCUUUCAUCAUAGGAAAUGAAGCACUUACAAGAGUUGCAAUAAUUGGUCUUUUGCCAAACAUGGUAUUGUAUCUGAUGGGGAGUUUCAAGUUCCAUUUAGCCAAAGCAACCCAAGUGCUUCUAUUGUCCUCUGCCACAAGCAAUAUCACACCACUCAUAGGUGCUUUCCUUGCUGAUUCUUGCUUGGGUCGAUUCCUCUCUAUUGGGUUAGGAUCCACCAUCACUUUCCUGGGAAUGUCACUCUUGUGGCUGACAGCCAUGAUUCCACAAGCUCGGCCUCCUCCUUGCAACCCUGCAGCUGAAAUAUGUAAAUCAGCAACAACUGGGCAAAUGACAAUGUUAAUCUCUUCCUUUGCUCUAAUGUCAAUCGGAAAUGGUGGCCUUUCAUGCUCCAUGCCAUUUGGUGCAGACCAGGUCAACAAAAAAGAUAACCCCAACAACCAGAGGGUCUUGGAAACAUUUUUCAGCUGGUAUUAUGCUUUUAUAGCUUUUGCUAUCAUAAUAGCCCUCACAGUCAUAGUAUAUAUCCAAGAUCAAUUUGGAUGGAAAGUGGGUUUUGGAGUUCCAGCAGCACUUAUGUUCAUGUCCAUUUUCUUCUUUUUCCUUGCUUCUCCACUUUAUGUAAAGAAUAAAGUGCUAGGCAGCUUAAUCACUGGCCUUGCACAAGUAAUUGUUGUGGCUUAUAAGAACCGGAAGCUUCCUUUACCACCUAGGAACUCAGUUGAAGUGUACCAUCGUAGGAAGGACUCUGAUCUUCUUGUUCCUGCUGAUAAACUAAGGUUUCUGAAUAAAGCUUGCAUUAUUCAAGAUCCAGAAAAAGAUAUAGCCUCUGAUGGAUCAGCCUCAAAUCCGUGGAGUCUCUGCACAAUAGAUCAAGUAGAAGAACUAAAAGCUAUUAUUAAAGUUAUUCCACUGUGGUCUACUGGGAUCAUGGUGUCAGUUAACAUUGGAGGCUCUUUCGGGAUACUGCAAGCUAAGUCCCUCAACAGGCAUAUCACUUCACACUUUCAAGUUCCUGCAGGUUCUUUUUCAGUAGUCUUGGUGAUUACAAUAUUUAUAUGGGUAGCUCUUUAUGAUCGUGUCAUUAUUCCUCUAGCAUCAAAGCUCAUAGGCAAACCGGUUAGGAUCAGUGCUAAGAGAAGAAUGGGAAUUGGGUUGGUUUUCGCUUUACUCCACUUUGCAACAGCAGCUAUUGUGGAGACUACAAGGCGAAGGAGAGCAAUCACGGAGGGACAUAUUAAUGACACACAUGCAGUGUUGAAUAUGUCUGGAAUGUGGCUUGUUCCUCAACUUUUUUUCGCAGGCAUGGCUGAAGCAUUCAAUGCCAUAGGCCAAAAUGAAUUCUAUUACACAGAGUUUCCUAAAACUAUGUCAAGUAUUGCCUCUUGCCUUUUUGGACUUGGAGUAGCUGCAGGAAACAUUUUAUCUAGUUUGAUAUUCAGCAUUGUGGAACAUGUUACUUCAAGAGGAGGAAAGGAGGGAUGGGUUUUAGAUAAUAUCAACAAGGGUCGUUAUGACAAGUACUACUGGGUUCUUGCUCUUCUGAAUGCUGUUAAUAUACUGUGUUAUCUAGUAUUCAGUUGGGCUUAUGGACCCACAGCCGAUCAACUAUCCAAGUUGUCUGAUGAAAUUAGUACAAAUGAGAAACUAUGA